GCUUUGCUCAGGCACAGGGGCAACUAGGCUGGGUGGGGAGCAUUCUUGGAUUCUUCCAUCGAGUCCUCCCCCAUGUCCUCUGAGACUUUUCCCUUUCUUCUGUUGCACAUGUCCCAUCACCACAGGAGCUCAAAGGAGGAGGCUCCUUCUGAAGUUGAGCUGAAAAGAUGCCCUACAAGUGCUCUUUCAACAGAACCCCUACCCUGGGAUAGCAGAGAACGACUGGCCCGAGAGCUUAGCAUUGCCAAAUGCAGAGUUCAGGUCUGGUUUCAAAACCAACGAAGAAAACGAUUAAAACAGAGCCAAUUGCCUUCUGAAAAUGUGUCCCAAAAUGGGGAAGGGGCACCAAGGUGCACGCCCAGGCCACCAUCGCCACCUCUUUGUCCUCAGUCUUGCUCUCAAGAAUACUCAGCCAGAGAGGCCAGCAGAAAGAGGACAGUCAUUUCUCCUUCUCGAACAAGUAUCCUUGUGCAAGCCUUCAAGAGGGAUUGCUUUCCGGGGAUUGUCACCAGGGAAAAGCUGGCUCAUCAGACGGGAAUCCCAGAACUUGGUGGGCCGAGUGGUGGGUUGUGGGCUGCUUUUGGCUUUGCAGGCACCCCUCAUUUCCCAGGACCAAGGGACUCAUUUGCAGAAAAUGGCCCUGCAGAACUCACGCUGGACCUGACAAAUCAGAGAACGGGCAGCCAGGUGGGGUGUUGAAUGGGCGCUGGGGAGGCACCAGCACGUUGAUCUAGAUGGUAACGACUUCUGAUGUGCCUGUCUGCCUUUUGCUCCCCUGGACAUGGUUUCAAAACCGAAGAUCUCAGUACCCCUAGCAGAGCACAAGGGGCCUGGGAAUGUCUGGGCCCAAGGCCCAGGCGGCGCAUCAGCGAUGACUACUCCUGCUCCAGAGAACUGAAGGGCCCCUCCCACUGUUCAGAGCACCUCUCCUCCCCUUCACACCUCUCAACCACAGGAGAGCAUGCCAUCCUUGGCUGCAGCUACACCUUUGGGCACCCCACCUUCUGGGUGCCUGGUACUGCCUCUGGGGUCUGUGUGGGCCAGCCGUUGAUGAUCUUCAUGGUCCAGCCCAGCCAGGUGGAUCUCCAGCCAAGUGGGAAGCCACCACCUCCUUCCCAGGUAGCAGUUCCCUGGGCCAAGCUCUCCCCUGCUGUCACGGCCCCUUGGCAGCCUGGGCCAGGUGCCAUCUUGCCACCUGGGCAGCCUGAGACACACAUCCCAUGGUGGCCAGAGUCACCCUAUGGUGAAGUAGUGGCCCCUCCACUACAACCACAGCCCCAUCCACCCAGGCUUCCAAACUCAACAAGCCUCCUAGAUGAGCCUGUGGUAGCCACGGGUGUCCCAGACAUGCAGGCGCCUUCCCUGGUGGCCGCUGCAAAUGCAGAGGCACACUCUGCCCUCCCAGGCGCACCCAGCUUCCUAGAGGAGCUCUUGAUGGCCACAGGCAUCCCGGACAUGGAGGCGCCUUCCUUGGGGGCUGCUGCAGAUGCAGGAGCACACCCUGCCCUCCCAGGUGCACCCAGCUUCCUAGACGAGGCCUUGGCGGCCUCGGGCAUCCCGGACAUGCAGGCACCUUGCGCAGAGGUCACUGCUGAUGCAGGAGUGCACCAGGAGCCCCCAGCUUCCUAGACAAGCUCUUGGCGGCCACAGGCAUCCCUGACAUGCAGGCACCUUUCCCAUGGUCUUUUGCGGAUUCAGGAGCACAUCCUGCCCUCCCAGGAGCACCCAGCUUUCUAGAUGAGCUCUUGGUGACCCUGGGCAUCCAGACAUAAUGGGGCCUUCCCUGGGGCCGUGUGCAGAUGCACCAGCACACCUCCCCCUCCCAGGCUCACCCAGCCCCCAAGACGAGCUCCUACCUGCCACAUGCAUCCCAGGCUCGCCGGGUCCUUCCCCAGCGUCCUCUACUGUCAUCACGGGGACCAUCUAGCCCUCCCCGGGUCACCCAGCCUCCUAGAGGAAAUCAUGUCUGCCACGGCCAUCCAGGACAUACCCCUGGUCUUCACUGGGGUCCACUGCAAGGGAAGGAGUUGAGGUAAUCCUAGAAGCACCCCUCAGUAAGGAUGAUUACCAGGCCCUCCUGGACAUGCUGCCAGGCUUGCCAGCCCCUCUGGCUUAGAGGGAGAGGAAGGAAGGAGCACCAUCCCCCAGAGCACCUUUCGGGUCUCCUUUUCUGGGAUGUGGAGCCAUGGAGCUCGGGGAGGGGGGCUAUAUUGGGUGCGAGGAGGAGAGAAUACAGAUGGGAUG